CGAAUGUCAGUUGUCAGAAGUUUGGCCGGUAAACUGAUUUGUGGUUUUUAAAAUUUCUCCAAUAAACUUCAAAAACAGCUGAAUAACCUUCCUUGUAUUGAAAAAAAAUUAUACAAGUGAAAUCAUUUUUCAGUAUAUAAUGGAGCCAAUGGCAUUGGGCAGUCCUACUCACUCUCCUUCAGGAAGUCCAAACGUGGGAUAUUUGCCACCGUUUUUAUUAGGUGAAAUAAAUCCUCCUACAACUCCUAGAACAAACAGCCUUUCACCGACCAAAGCAAGAAGUUUAGCAUUUGGUUCGCCAACUAGUCCGACUCAAACUUCUACCCCUGACCAAAAGCUUUAUCGGCAGAGCAUAUCAAUGCACCAACAAGCUUUAUACAACCAACAAAAUGUAUUUGCAAACAUGCCCACUUCACCUAAUGUGUCAUAUUCGGCAAAGCCAAGUGGGCCUCCCAUUGAGGACUUAUUUGACACAAUAAAAAGUAAUGAACCAUCUGUAAACAAGUCACUAUUUCAAGAUAAUAGUUUUUUGGGUUAUGGCAAUAAUAACUCAUUUAUGCAAAACUCAUAUGUAAACAAUAAUGUAUCUGUAAAUAAUCAAUCAUUGACAAAUCAAUGGCAAGAUGGAUGCCAGGACCAUGAUGAGUAUUGGGUGACUGUGUUUGGUUUUCCACCAAAUGCAGCCAAUACAGUUUUAGCAAGAUUCAGUAACUGUGGAGCAAUUUUAGAUAAACAAUAUCCUACACAAGGGAAUUGGGCGCACAUAAGAUAUGCAACAAGAGCAGAGAAGGAGCGGGCGCUUUCUCUCAAUGGCAGACAGGUACUGCCGGGUACCAUGGUGGGUGUGGUGGAGUGUAGGGACCCUCCUAGAAUGAGUGCCACCAGCCCUGGGGUUUAUCCUGAGAGACCAACGUCACAAGCGCGAUCUCUCUGCCCCACUCCAGUAGCGCAGGCGCCGGUUCCUCAAAGAUCUAGUGGACUUAUUUCCAAGGCGUUAGAUUAUGUACUAAGUUGGUGACACUUAGUUCUAACCUGAAUAGGAAAUAUGAAAAUCAUAUGGAAGAAAUGAAAUGACGUGCCAAUUCUUGUUUUUUGACAUUUCUUUUAAUUUUGUUUGGAUUAUACUAUCAAACAGGUUUUGAUUGGAAAUAUAAUAAUCACUUGAUCAAAUUUUUAUGUUGUUCAUAUUUGAAAAAUAUUCAAAAUAUUGCAUUAAUUGCUAUUAAAAAAAGGCUACAAAAUUUGGUCUACUUUAUGUUGAAAAUGUAAGAUAUAGAUGCAUGCAUUAUCUAUAUCAUUAUGUUUAUGAACUACAUUGUAAUUUUGGUUUCAUUUGUAAUUUAAGACAUUUAGUUUUUUGCUUUGGUCAUUAAUAACAACUUAAAACACAAUCAGUGACAAAAAACAUAUCUUGAUUUUGCAUAAGGUUUGUUUUUUUUUUCACUAAAAUUUUGACACACAUUUAGGGCCAGUUUGAAAUUCUGUUUCAUCUGUGUAUCUAGUUGUUUUUAUUGAACAAAGUUUUACGGCAUGCUUGUUUUGUAGUUAAGAAAAUAUAUAAAUAACAAAGUUGUAAAUAGUUUAAUCCAGUGCAUUUAUUUCAGAUAGACAAUAGAAUUUUAACUUAAUAAAGAACAUUUUCUUACAAA